AUGGAUGAUGAAGAGGCUGAUUUGCGAGAGCAGAUAUUCCACAAUAAUGUUCGGGAGCAGAUUAUAUUCCUGCUCUUAUUCAUUUUGCUGUACCUCUUCUCGUUCAUGUUGAUCGAGAAAUUUCGUCGACGUGAUAUUGAAGAUUAUUCUACUGCCGAUGAAGAUGAGGUAAAGGUGUACCGAAUAAGCCUCUGGCUAUGUACAUUUGCCCUUGCUGUAUCAUUGGGUUCAGCACUGUUGCUGCCUGUAUCAAUAGUCAGCAAUGAAGUGCUCAUAUUAUACCCCAAUAGCUACUAUGUUAAAUGGUUAAAUAGCUCAUUAAUACAAGGGCUAUGGAAUCAUGUAUUUUUAUUUUCAAACUUGUCAUUGUUUGUGUUCCUACCGUUUGCAUACUUAUUUUCGGAAUCCACUGGAUUCCCAGGCUGCCGAGGUUUGAAGGGACGUGUAUAUGAGACUUUUGUUGUGUUGGCUCUACUGGGCAUAGCUAUGCUAGGCCAUGCUUAUGUUAUAUCUGCAUGGCUUGAAGGGGACAGAUCCAGUCUCGAUGCUCUGCUAAAUUUAUGGACGUAUCUUCCGUUCUUAUACUCCUGUGUAUCUUUCGUCGGCGUUUUGAUGUUAUUAGGUGAGUUCGAUAAAAUUACAACACUCGACGCG